CCCCGCCCCCAGGGCUGAGGCCCACGGGAGCAGGACAUCCGGGGCGGAAGGAUCCUGCUGGUGGUGGGCCGGCCCUGGGCCGGGCCGGGGCACUGGGCGGGGCCGCAGCCUGGCAGCCUGAGACCCGGCCCUCUGCGGGGCCAGAGGUCCUCGCCUGCUCCCCCGGCCGGCCUUCAGGCCCCAGCGACGAGCGGGGAGGAGGGCAUGGCCAGGGAGGCCCUGUGCCAGCCGCAUGUGACUCCUGUCAACUGCAGGGGCCUGGAAUCAUCUGGAGGCCAGAGCGGGAAGUGGGGGAAAGGUCGGAGCGUCGCUCCAGCGCCGGCCGUGCGCCAGGGCCCGCGGGAGGAGGGCGGCCGGCGGUCAGCUGGGCCAGAGACACCCCCGGGCCGGCGCCUGCCUGGCUGCCGGCCGCCCCGGGAAGGCGGCACAGAGCUCGUGGAGGCCGGGCCUGCCCCUGCCCUCCUGGGCGGGCGCCUCCCCGUCCUAACCCGGACCGGGGCUUCUGCAGCCUCGGGCCUGGCUUCCCAAAGGGAGGGCUUCCUGGGAACGGAGGGCCAGGUGCCGGGGGGCGGCCGAGGGGGCUGGUGGGUGUGAGGCCCCGCAGAGCUAACUGUCUGUCCCUCCGCACCGGAGGCAGAGGCUCUCGGAGGAGACACAAGGACAGAGGGGAGAGGUGGACGGGGCUCAGCUUCGGAGUUUCCUCCCUCGGCGAGGCCUGCCCACGCCAGGCCGUAGCUGGGAAACGGGCGGCCCGUGGGGCACCUGUCCAGGCAUCCCGCCUUUUCCCGUCCACCGACCUCCCCCGAGAUGCCCCCGAACCUCCUGACUGUCCGAGCACAGAGCAGCCCACCGAGGGGCGCCGCCAGCCACCUUCUCGGGCCUCCAGGGUUGAACAUUCAGGUUGUUUCCAGAUUCUUGAGUAGUAUCCUGUUGUAUUCUUCAGCUCCAAGGGCGUCUCGGAAAUCCAAAACCCACAGCCUCGAUGACAGCCAGCAGCCACCGCAGGGGGCAGAGAGGAGCUGGAGCGCCUUCAGAGCCGCUUUCCCAGAGAACGGUUGUUAUUUGGCCUACCUGGGGGUUCCCUGGAAGACCCUGCUCGCAAAGCUGUCUGUCUCUGACCCAACUCAGAGCCCAGCCAGGGCAAAAACUUUUUCCCCGAGGGUACUUGUCGAGAAUAUCUGGAUGGAAUUGUCCAAUUUCACAGCUGCCUGAGAAGCUGGAUGACAGUGGGGCAGACAAAGGCCAACCAAAAGGCUUAUGGGGGAAAAACUGGGCCAUGACAAGGCAUAGGUGCUUUGAAAGGCUCCCGGGAGCCUGGAAGGCCAGGCACAGUCUAGGGCUGUGUGCCCCCCCAGAAGAGACCUGAGGGGGCCCUGAGCCCUCGCCUCUGGCUGAGCUGGAGGGCUAAGGCAGAGUUGUGAGUGGCGGGCCUGAGCGGGGACGCCGCACCCCAGCAUCCACGCUGAGCCCCUCCGCAAAGACUAGGCGAUUCAUUGGUUCCAGGCGUUGCAGGAAAUCUCUGACCAUCCGUCAACCACUAAACUAAGUGAGCAGAGGUUUCAGUGUCCACGCUCAACGUGCAACGCAGACUCUACAGAAUUAGUUCGGAAACGCCACCGAACUAACAGGCAACAAACCCUGGGAAAGCAGGAGAAUCUGAUUCCAGAGUAGCCGUGUUGCCUUAUCUAAAAUGUUCAGUUUCAGCAAAACAAAUUACAAGACAUGAGAAGAAAUAAGACAGUGUGACUCACAAAGAGGCAAAAAACCCAACCGAUAGAAACUGUCCCUGAAGAAUCCCAGAUAUUGGACUUACUAGACAGAGGUGUUCAGUCAGUUAUUUAAAAUGUGUUCACAGACCUGCAGGAAACCAUGUCUAAAGAACGAAAAGCGAGAGGAUGACGCCUCACCGGACAGCAGCCCUCGUGCUGUGGGCUCGCUCAGGGUCACCCAUGCUGCCCCCCAACCUGCGCCCUCUGAGGGCUGCCCGGGGAUGGCUGCCCUUGGAAAUCUGGGCUGGGGGGCACUAGACGCCCCUCAAGGCCCCAGCCCAAGCCAGAGGGUGUGGGAAGGGAAGUAGCAGGCCAGCCGGCCUCCGAGGAAGCAGCUGGUUCAGCCUGAGGGGGCAUCCUGCCUGCUUCUACCGAGCUGGGCACACCAGGCUUGGAGGACAGACUCCACAUGAAUAAAAAUGGGAAUGGGAGUCAGCUACUGGGAGCAGGGUGGAAACUGAAAGGGACACGGCUGUCUUCAGACGCCGGCGCCAUGCGGCUCUGGGGAGGGCUGAGGGCCGGCCGGCUCUGUCUGCUGCUGUGUGAUGUGGGACAGGCCGCCGGGCCUCUCUGAGCCUGUUUGCUUCUCUGUGAAGUGGAUCAUGAACCCCUCUCCUCCCACCUCACAGCGUUGCCUUGAGAAUCAAAGGCAGACCGACUGUAAGGGCGGAUUCCUCCUCUCUCUCGGCUUCUCCCCCAGGACCCUCCUGGAGAGGAGCUACUGUCCCUGGGGCACCUUCUCUUUCUGGAGCCGCACCCCUCAGCCUGCGUGGCCUGCAGGAUGUUUGCCUGCUCUUAUCGCAACCCGCGUGCAAACAGCGGAGCCAUACAACGAAUGGAGAGGUGACCAGAUGUGACUGUGUAACUUGCUGUCCGGCCUCAGAGUCUCCUGAUCCCAGGGGCUGGUGUGAACUCAUGUGAGGAGGCUUUGGACUUAAUUUUCUAUAAAGAGAAAGAGGAGAUCAUGCACGGAAAGGAGUAGAGGCCAGAGGAAAGAUCCACCCAGAUCGUUGAAAUAAUCUUCCUUCAAGUACACAAUGAAACCUGAACACACGUGUGUGUGCUGGCUGGAAACAUUUUCGGGAAAAUCCAAUUUUCUUCCCUGAUCUCUGCAAGAAAACCCACCCACCCAGAGGCAUUACCCUCCUAAAAGCCUGCCUAGCCUUCCUCAGCAUUUUAUCCUUGAAAGAGAGUAUGGCAGAACUCCUCAAGGAGAGUAAAAUUUAGGAUGGAGCCUCCAAAGGAGGAAAGAAAUUAAGCUGCUGGUGACAUCAAGGUCCAGGACCACGCUGGGCCACCUUUCAGCUUGGAAAGCAACACAUUUCCUUUAUUGUUUAACCAGAUUGGAGAGUUUCUGCUAUUUGCAACCCAGACUUUCUAGCUGAUAUACCCAUCACGAAAGCCAAAGUAAUUUAGAAGGUUUUCUUUAACGCUGAAUGUCCGAGACAGAGAAAAGGGCAAUUAGGUUACCUUGAAAAGAGCAUUUGCAGUGGACACAGCAUGUGACAGUGAGAAGAAACAGAGGCUUGGAGUUGGACGUACUGCUGUCUCUCCCUAGCAGUGUGAUCUCCUGAACCUCCUCUGUGAAAUGGGGCGAUAUCCCCCCUCACUGGUCCUGUGAGGAUUAAAGGAGAUCAUCAAGCACCCGGCACAGAGCUCCACAGAUGGUGUGGCAGGGACAGAAGUCAGGCUGCCCCGGGCUGAGUGCGUAAGUGAGGAAGCGGGACAAUAAACAGAUUAUUCCUUCGAGGAGGAAUAAUCUGUUUGUUCACAGAACAAACAGCCACUGAGCACGAAGUUACGCUCGCCUGCACUCAGAGGCGCACAAAUUUAAAGUAGUGAGAUGCUGAGAAACAGACUCACACUCAGUGGGCAGGAAUGUAAUCGGUUUACUCUGGGUGGCAGUUUUACAGUCUCUACAGAAUGUUUACAGACCAUAGCCUCUGACUCGGUAUUCUUCUGCUGAGAACUCAUCCUACAAUUCUACCUCGCAAGUAUGUAAGGACAGACCUGCCCGCAGGUUCUUCUGCAGCAACGUUUGUAAUGGCAAAAUCUUGGCCUAAAUGUCCAUCAGCGGGUACUGAUUAGAUGAUGGUUAUUUAUACAAUGGAACACAACGCAGUCAUUGAAAAAGAACUCACGUCUAAAGAACAGUGAUAGUGUUUUUGUGAAAACAUUUGCAAAAAAAAAUAGUACGACCCUACCUGCAAAACAGUAUGCACAUUACGCCUUGAGUUUGCUUCGAGGACUCUUGUGUGGCCUUAGAAAAAUGAUCGGUGGUUCUCUCCGAGGUGUGGGAUUGGGGUGGCAGGAAAUUCAUCCCUCAGAGAGAUCCUCUCAUGGAGCUCCAUUCAUUCUAAUGGCUUAUGUUAUUUUCUUAGCCAUGUGUUACAUUUAUAAAAUUUUUAAAAAUUUGGCCAAAAGAUUUGAAGGGGAUGACGGCUGAAGGAGUUCAGGGCCAAGGGUGUGUGUGUCAGACAGAAGUGACCCGAACAGAGAAGGAACGGUCUGUGGGCCUGUUACUCACACCUGCCGUGAUGCCCUUGGCGAGGGGGAGGCGGAGGGGAGGCGUGGGUUCAAGGCCUGACGAUGCCCCCUACCAGCCUAUAUUUGCCGUAUCCUGGUGGCCAACAUCUGCGGGUGAGAUGCCACACGGCUGACACCGGACGACACUAAUGUGCCGCCUCCACAGGGCGAGCAGAGGACAGCGAUCUCGAAAGAGGGCGCGCUUGGCGGCCCCGAGCAGGCGUGGUCCAGCCCGCCACACCUGCGGCCACGUUCGCCUUCUCCUGCGACUCCUUCCCCACGAUGGCCUCAGCGGCUCUGCUUUCCUGACUGCCGCCAGGUUGAGCGAACGACCCCCCACUCUGUCCCUACAGGUCCAGGUCCAGCCUCGCUCAGCUCUGAGCUUCUAACUUCUAAACCGUCUCCCUGAUGAUGUCUUGCAAGGGAUGGGACUCGUGAAGGGCACCAGCUUGGCACUUAAUCGUUGCAAAAUCAGUUACUGAGCGCCUGCCACGUGACCAGCACCAGGCUGGGUGCCAGCGAUCCAGGGAGAUGAGAGGCAGUUUUGGGUCACAAUGUGCAGCAGGAGUGCAGGGACAGGCGACCCGGGCGCGUCCACCGUGGAGACUGGGGAAGCCCCUCGCCUCCAGGGCAAAGCCAAGCUUUGAGGCAAAAGAAAGAGCUAAGUGACCAAGGGAGAACGAAACCCAGAGGCGGGAAGGCAGGGAGUGUGAGGGGACCGGGCAGAGGAGUCUAGGAAGGCCCCGCAGGGAGAGGACAUGUGGGCCUCAGCCCACAGGCUCUGGAGCCGCUGGGUGACCAGGAGCGGAGUCCGCGCCUCAGAAGUUCUGACGCGUGGCCCAAGGAUUAGAGUGCAAGGUGCACAGAUAUUGCAGGACAUCUAUCAGGGAGUUUACUUCCUUCACGUGAUCAUGUGUUCACUAGAAAUAUAUUUUAGUGUCUAUCACAUUUAGGCCCUGGAUUACCCGCAUAUGCUUACAAUAGCCGUUUGACUUAGAAAUUCUGAUGAACUGAGACAUUACUGGUAGAUUUUUAUUCCUUUUUUUUUUUUUUUUUUCGUGGCUGCACCGCACAGCUUAUGAGAUCUUAGUUCCCCGACCAGGGAUGGAACCCCGGCCCUCGGCAGUGAAAGCACCAAGUCCUAACCACUGGACCACCGGGGAACAGACGUUUUCUGUUAAGCUUUUAAAAACCAAGAACACUAAGGUUUUAGGUCUGAAAGCGUUUAUCUUAAGCUUUGGUGGUUAAAUUUUGGUAGUACUUGAAAGCUAAUUCAGGGCCCCCUCAGUUAACAAUUACUCGGAUCAUUUCAGACCCCUCUAAGGAAAAAUUAAGAGGAAGGAAGAGACCCAAAUAUCCAUGUUGGGAAAUAAGGAGAAA